AUGCUGAAACUGGAACAGGGAGGUCCGAUGCAUACUGGAAGGUCCGUUCCGGGUUCUUCACGCAACGCCAAGACUUACCGGAUCGUUCUUUGUGCGAAGGAGGACGUGAUCAGUGACGAUCGGGUCAAGGGUGCUGUCGUCAAGAAGCCGCCGGACUUGCCCCAUGGACACCAUUGUGCUGACCCCUGUCUCAUGCUCCUCCACCUCCCCAUAACCUUUCUCAACCUUGCCUACCCUUUUCUACAACCACCACCCCCCAAUCCUAACUUUUCUGAUGCCAGGGACAUUCGGACUUUGCGUAUUAGUCGUCGCGUCCACUUUCCCGACCCCUUUAUCCCUCAUGUUUUCUAG